UCUGUUUUCACUGCUGCUUCCGACGUUCAACGAUGCGCACGGUCUGAUAUGAAUUGCAAAGCGUUAGCGAGUUUGGCAAAUUUUCAAGAACAGGAGGCAACAGGGACGUCGUGAGGAGUAAAGACCGGAUAGUGACGCACUGACGCGUUAUAAAAAUUGGAAGACGCGUUUUGGACUUUCUCUGAAAGCGCAGGCACCGCGUUAAUCAAACAAGUGAGACAGACCUGUGAGAGUGAUCUACAUCGCCCUAUCAGAGAUUACGCUCUGAGGAAUAAUGAAGCAUAUUUGGAUACUCCUGACUUUUUCCGCGCUGGUCUGGUUUUCGGGAGAAAAGGUCAGAGCUCAGUCUCCUGCUCCUGCGGAUGACCUGUACCUGGAAGACCAGGCGUCUGGUGAUUUCCCUGUAGACGACGAUGACUUCAACUCUGGCUCGGGAUCGGGAGACGGUGAUGAUGAGGAUGAGGUGAUUACCAGGAGGAUUUCGUAUAGCACUCCAGAGCCUGAAGUGACCCCGGAGGCCCCCGAGGCCACCUCACCCAGCACAGACACAGACACAGACACAGGCACCAGUGAGGACACCUACACGGAGACAGCUGAGGUUGACACCACAGAGGACAGGGACUUGGGAACUGAGGCCCCGGUUGAGGUGACGGAGGACUCGCUUCAGGAGGUCGAGUCCAGCAGGGCUCCCAAUGGACGCAGUGUGAAACAAAAUGAGGAUUUGCAUGAUGUCCGCUCUGAAAACCUCUUUCAGAGAACUGAGGUGCUGGCAGCGGUCAUUGCAGGAGGAGUUAUUGGCUUCCUAUUUGCUCUAUUCCUUAUUCUGCUCCUGGUCUCCGCAUGAGGAAGAAAGACGAAGGAAGUUAUGACCUUGGAGAGCGCAAGCCCCCAGUCUCAGCCUACCAGAAGGCCCCUACCAAGGAGUUUUAUGCUUAAAGACUCCGGGCCUCAGUCCAUGAAAACAUCACUACAACAAAACGUCUCUAGACUGAGAAACUAUUACAUGAUGCCUUGGCAUAAGGAAUUUAAUAACACAGAUUUUCUUACAAGUCAAAUAGGGCUUAAUUUAUCACAAAGUUCGUUUUAAAAAAAAAAAAAAAAAAAAAAAAAAACUGUGUUUGUAUUUUUGCCAUUGUUGUAAGAGUAAAUUGAAAUGUGAGACCGUGAAACAUUUCUUAUGAGUCAUGUUUAGUUGUGGACUACUACUUUUUAAAAUGUAGAGCUACAUAAUUGUGUUUUUAAGAACAAAAAUGGAAUUUAUUGAAUAUAAUGUGCUGUACUAUCAUUUUUAAAUCACAUCUACCAUUGAUAUUGAAUGUUUUAUUAACAUUUUGAAGACAAAAUUGUCAGUACUGUUCAAAGAAUCUAUUGCUUGUCUAUACUAAUGGGAAAUGGCAAAAGACAGAAGAUGCUUUUAUCCUUUAAGGGUACAAGAAGUUUCUCGUGAUUUUUAUUUUUUUGUUGUUUCUUUUUUUUUAAAACUCACCAUAAGAUUGUUGCUCUGUCCGCUAACAGCUUGUCCUUUGCUUAGAUAAGCAGGUUUGAGUACUUGUACACGUGCAUCAUGUGUGCGUCACGCCAAAUGACAUCAUUAAGAUGUGUUUGUACAUGAUGUAUUGUGGUUCUGUAUACUUGGCCAAUCAACUUCUCCUAAGUGUUCUUCACGGAUGGAUGAAGUGCACAUCAAGCACAUUGUGCUUUUGCUGAUCACAACAGAAUGAGGCACCGUUGCGCUGAGCACCUGGGUGUGCCGGCCAUAAUGCUCCAGGACUGAAGGGUAAACCUUGUGUGGCUAGUGGGACAGGCAUUUGCUAAGAAAUGGCUGAUGAAUUGAAACACAGCUGGUCUUAAAUAUACUUGAAAAUGGCCAGGAACAUUCUCUUCUCCCAGCAUCCCACAUCUGCUUCAGUCUGUCCUCUCAGCUUUUUAACCGUUUGCCUCAUUCUUUCAAAACAUUCUGGCAAACAUUCUAGAGACUGCUCUUUAACAAAUAAAAGUAAAUGUUUUUAUUAAAGGUAAAUGUUUCUGUGUAGCGCUCAAGGUCUCUGAAUAGAUAGGCUGACCAAAGACAAAAAAAAAAGGACUGUCUUAAUGAUCCAAGGCCAAUAUUGCCUCAUGCAGAGUGAAGGAUGAUUUAGGUUUUAAUUGUACAUGUAUAAUGGAUAAAAUAAUGUUUUUAUUAAAUAUAAGGACACCAAGCUUCAUGGUGCUGAAUAGAUUAGUGGAUUGAUUAUCCAGGUGAAUGACUGUGUCACUCUGCCAUUGAUGGUCUGUUAAGUAGUAGAUUAAUGACAAAUGAGUUUGAGGUUAAAGCCCCUUUAUGAAAUAUCUCCUAAUCAGUAUUAUUACACUGAGGUACGUGCUUGACCCUGUUCAUUUCUGUAUUGGUACAGAUUUCAUAAUAACAUUCACAGUGUUCGGUUUAAGAUUUUUUUUUUUUUUUCUCAUCAUCAUCUAUGAUCUUUUUUGACCUGACCAGUUUUGCAUCAAAGAUUUAGUCUGUAUAUUUUAAUACACAAUAAUUUAUAGAUGAUAUUAAUUUAUAUACAACAUAAUCUGUGUUAUAAGGAAUACAAAUGUAUGUUCUCAGUCCUUAAAGUGCCUACAGUUCUGAAAUAAACAUGGGAGAUGUGUACAAA